AUGCCAUCAACCCCGCGUAUCUUCGACCCUCCGGUCCACCUAGCAUACCAACACCCAAAAGCAAUCCACACACUCGCCGAUAUAAAACUCGACCCCUCGCCAAUCUCCAAAGUCGCCUCCACGGACCCAUUCCCAUUUCUAUCCGCAGAAGGCGUGCGAGCCUUCCGUCGCGAGCUCUUCUCCAAAGAUGUCCUAGACAACUGUUCCUUCCACACACGUGCCGGCUCGGUGCAGCUGCGUGGUAUGGCACCACGCUACGCACCAUUUACAUACCAGUUUUGGACUUCCCCUGAAGUCCUCGAAAUCGUGAGCAAGCUAGCGGGCGUCGAUCUGAUCCCUGUCUUCGAUCAUGAGAUCUGUCAUACAAACGUUCAGCUGGGGCCGAAGGGCCUUGAAGGCGUCAAGGAUACGCCUGUUGAUCCACCGGGCGUCCCGGAGGAGUACAAGAGAAACCAGAGCGGUGAACAGAAGGGCAAGCCUGUUGUUCCGUGGCAUAGGGACUCUUAUCCAUUCGUUUGUGUGGUUAUGCUGUCCGAUACGAGUUCAAUGACGGAUGGCGAGACGGAGAUGCAGAAGGGUGAUGGAUCGACUGUCAAAGUGCGGUCUCCGAGCAUGGGCGGAGCGGUCAUCAUGCAAGGCCGACAUGUCAGCCAUAUUGCCAUCCCAGCAGGCAAUAUGCCGGAGCGAAUUACUCUAGUGACGUCUUUCCGUCCUCGCUCGCCUCUUUUGGUGGACGAUUCAUCUCUGAUGAAUGUGCGCACCAAGUCACUCAUGCCGGAAUUGUAUUACCAGUGGGUGGAGUACAGGCUGCGUUUACUCAGUGAGCGGUUCAAGUAUGAAGCUGACGCUUUGGAUGUCCGGUAUAACGAGGCUGUGCAAUCCAGUGAUGCGGAGGGCAAGCCAGGGUAUUGCCGUAAGGAGACGGUUGAUGUUGAAAAAUUGACGCAUUGGAUGGAAGAUCAAAUGCGAUAUAUGCGACAGACGCUUUUUGAGAUGAGGCCCGUGACGGCCGAGGAUAACAUUAACAAGAACUAUAUUCCGAAGGUGGAGUAG